AUGGUGGAAGCACAUGGUAAGCACGAUGAUGGAUCGAAAUUCCACAACAGGCAUCAGCAGGAACUCACCAGUUUGUCCAUCGAAUCCAGUUCUACUCCUCAGAAUUGCCUCGACCAUGUCCCAUUGCUCACCAUUAUGUAUUCAUUGAUUGGAACAACCAUCAUAUUGGACCUAUAUGGUGCAAGCACAUUAAUUGCCUCGACCAUGUCCCAAUUGCUCACCAGUAUGUAUUCAUUAAUUGUAACAAUCACCAUAUUGGACCUACAUGGUGCAAGCACAUGAAUUGCCUCGACCAUGUCCCAAUUGCUCACCAGCAUGUAUUCAUUGAUUGUAACAAUCACCAUAUUGGACCUAUAUGGUGGAAGCACAUGUUCUACUCCUCAGAAUUGCCUCGACCAUGUCCCAAUUGCUCACCAGUAUGUAUUCAUUGAUUGGAACAACCAUCAUAUUGGACCUAUAUGGUGGAAGCGCAUGGUAAGCAUGAUGAUGGAUCGAAAUUCCACAACAAAGAUCAGCUGGAACUCACCAUUUUGUCCAUCAAAUCCAGUUCUACUCAUCAGAAUUGCCUCGACCAUGUCCCAAUUGCUCACCAGUAUGUAUUCAUUGAUUGUAACAAUCACCAUAUUGUACCUAUAUGGUGGAAGCACAUG